AGAAAAGAAAAAGAAAAAGAAAACAAAAAAAAAAAAAGAAAAAGGGAAGAAAAAAGAGAAAAAAAAGACCUCAAUAAGACAAUAUGGUCCAUCCAAGACCCGAGAAGAUAGAUUACCAAAGCAUCUUUCCAAAAUUCCCCUUAUUCCAGCUACAAUGAGUUUGAUACCUUGAUGAAUUUCUCCAAGCUCUUCACUGCCUCUCCACUUUCGAUCGCCCAGCGCGCCCGUCGAAUACCUUCCUUCCAGCGGCCACCGCCCGGACCUACCUCUUUAAUAACUUCCCCGUUAUCACCAGGACCCAUAUUGCUGGUAUCAGCGUCACAUAUGCCAGAUAUGACCAACAGAGCUGCAACGUUCAUGAGAACGAAUUCCAAAAUGGGGUGGUCGCGAGGAAGCUCGUUACGGAGCAUACUCAUCAGUAUCAACGCGUUUUCGCCAGGCCUCUUGCCCCCACCAACUUCUGAAAGCGGGCGCGGAGAGAACCCAAAAUCCGAUGGUUGAAGCUGGAAGGUUUCGAUUUUCACCACCGUUUUAGGCGGCGCGUCCUCAUCCCAAGUCUCCUCGCCUUCAGCAUUACCGUCUGGAUUGCCUUCGUAUUCGGGGUUAGGGUAUUCAGAUAGUUUCCAGCAGUUUGUUUUCCCAGCACAGCUGAUUUCAUCCAAGUCUUCUUCACCGCAUACUACCAGCGCCUUCUUGACUCCGCUGAGCUUCAGGACGUUUGCGAAUAUUGGCCCCAAGGAUUGGUAUGCUACGCCAACCAAACGAGCCUCAAUACCCCAAUCAAUGGGGUUUGCGAGGGGUCCGAGGAGGUUGAAUAUUGUUCGUAUACCCAACCCUCUCCGAACCGGAGUUGCAAACUUCAUGCCAGUGUGGAAAUUUGGAGCGAAGAGAAAGCAAUAGUUCGACUGCUCGUACACCUUGCAGAUGUUCUCAGGCAGGACCGCAGAUAUGUUUGGUGGGGUUGGAGUGAUCGAGGUCAAGACGUCCGCAGAGCCUGAAAAUGAUGUUUGGGCCCGAUUUCCAUGCUUGGCAAUCAAGAGCAAUGGCGACGCUAUAAUGGAGGAAGUCGUAGAGAUGUUGAAUGUUCGAUGCGAAUCUCCUCCUGUCCCAACAAUGUCACACUUCCGCCAAAUAUGUUAUUAGCUUGCUUCACAACUUCUUCCCGGAGAAUAAAAUCAUCGAUUCCUUUUACUUACAAAGCCACCUUCGUAAGACCCUUCUUUUCUAGCCCGCUCUUUAACUAAUGCCCGUAGUGCUGUCGGCUCAAUUGGCAGUGCAGCUUCCCUCAUCCGAGCUGCGCAUUGUGCUAACACAUCGGCAUCCCUGUCCUUGCCAGUUGAAUGUAGGAGGGUGAGAAGUGCAGCGGUCUGAAUGAGAGAUAGUUUAUCCUCAAAUAUAAGAGCAAAAGCACCAGCUAUCUCUACUGCAGAAACCUCAUGCUUGGCUGCAUCCGGAUAAGCGAGUCUCGUAAGAAGCGGUGUUAUAGAAAUCGCCAGGUCAGGUUUGUCCGACGCCAUAGCUUCGUUCCCGUCGAAGUUCCCAGUUAUACGCAGAAUAAUUCUUUCGGCCAGAACCCAAAUGGCAAAUUGAUAACUAGGCACACUCUUAGGUAAAAGUAAGAUAUGAAAGCAGCAAUUAAAGAUGCGAUUGUUGCGUCCUCGUAACCUUGCCCCACCAAUGGUCGGACAAAGGAGUCAUUGAAAUGUGCGACAGAAUCUUCACCGCCUUUGACGACCACCAAACUUUUGUAGGUUAAAAAUAUUCUCCAUGAACAGUAGCAGAGUACCGGCGUAUAUCUAUCAGGCUCCGAAUUCGAAACGCAUGGCAAUUGAGCCAGGAGUGACAAUCUGCCGUGUUCUACAUUUAUUCCGAAUAUUCUAAUAUUCUAAUUGCUGAUUUCCCGCUCCAAUGCCUCCUCGAUUGCGCCUCUCCGUUUCCCUCCUCUCACACCCCCUUCGGCAUGAAGUCCUCAUAUAUUCGCGACGAUAUGCCGCCACAGCGGCAGCAGCAGUUGUGACAUCCACAAUAAGCCAAACAUCCCAAUCGAAAUCCACAUCUUUACAGCCACCUCCUUCCCCUGCUGCAGCAUACCCAUCAAACCAACCCCCAUCGCACCGCCGCCCUGAGUUCCGCAAAUCCCAGCUCCACCGCCAAUACACUUCCAUCCUCCGCACAACGCCGCUGAUCCUGAUUUUCCAGCAUAACAACCUUCUAUCCGUAGAAUGGGCCGGCAUACGUCGCGAGCUUACAAAAGCUCUACAAAAAGUUGACGAGGCAAAUGCUGCUGCCGGCAGAACAGAGCCUCCGCUGGCUUCCCUAGUUCAACUUAAAAUCAUCCAAACUAGCAUUUUCGAGGCUGCUCUGCGUGUCGUGGAUUUCUUCCGGCCCGGCGAAACAACCCCCCGCGGCCCUGGCAAGAUUGCAGCCGCUAAAGCUGACUCCAACUUAACACAUGAUCUCUCUCGCACGGCCUAUGCCGCAGUACUGGACAAAAAGGGCAAACAUGAUCUUUCAAAUGUCCUAAUCGGCCCAAUUGCUGUGCUCACUUUCCCACAUGUUUCCCCGGAGCAUUUGAAGGCUGCCCUAUCGAUUUUGGCACCCAAGCCGCCACAGUUCCCCGCACCAGGACGAAGGUUGAAUCCCGGUCUAUACGACCUGCCUGUCCAGGAGGGAUUGAAGAAAUUGAUUUUGUUGGCGGCGAGGGUGGAGGGCAAGGUGUUCGACCAAGACCAGACGAGAUGGGUUGGUGGAAUUGAGGGUGGCAUGACUGGGUUGAGAUCUCAACUUGUGUCGCUCUUGCAAGGCGCAGGAGCAAGCAUUACUACGACGUUGGAUGCGGCCGGUAAGAGUCUGUAUCUUACUCUUGAGAGCCGGAGGAGCGUCUUGGAAGAGGAGCAGAAGGGACCUGAGAGUGACGUUAAGAGCGAGAGUGAGGGGCAAACGGAUGCUUUAAAGGAAUAGACGAUGACUAUAUACUUUUGUUUGUUGUUCCAUUUUUUUUCAUUGUUCUACUUCUAGAUAUAGCUUGUGGUCGUUUCUGGUUUUUAUUUUGGUUUGGUUCUUCUGAUACAUGCUGACCUUUUUCCUCUAUAUCUACUGUACAUUAUGUAUCAUAUAUUUUAUCCAAACCGGUUCAAAACCUCGGUCAGUAUGCUGGCACUGUUCCUAUAAUUGGUUAUUUUGCCAAAUAUGGAGCAACAACCCUCCAAGUGGUUGUUUGGCCGAAUUUAUUUCUGUCUCAUCAUGAGCCUUGCGUUCAUUCCAACGACACAUCUCACUAGAUCCCAGUCACCGCCUAAUCCAACCCAAUCGCACACCAGAAUCCCCGUAGACCAAUCCCCCUUCUCCCCUUGAUGCUUGCGGCACAAAUAAUCCACUGCAGCUGGAUUCACUUUGGCCGCAAUCUUUUCCGGCCAAGUCGUUACUUUCCAAAAGUUGCUCGCGCUAAGGAAAUUUAUAUAAAAGGGAAGCUUGAGAUCACCACGGUCGCUAUUAUCUUCUCCUUCCUUCUUAAUGACGCCACACGGAUAACACAGCUCCGCCGCCCUCCCAAAAUGAGCAUUGAUAUACUCUAUUUUCUGCUGGAUCUUUUCUUUCUCGAGUACCUCGUAGAAGUCCUGGAUGCAAAUGUCUCCGCUUGGGCAUGUCGCAAAUGGGGUAUUAUCAGCCCAGCCUUCCGCAUCGAUACCCCAGCCCCGUCCUCUCCAUUCUUUCUUCAACCGAUCUUCUAAAGCAAACCGCCGGAUCAACACGAUCUUACCCCUAGAUUUGCCAAGGGUAGGGACUUUGGGUUCGGUGUACCACCGGCUCCCAUCUCGCGCAUAGUGGUCCCGGAGAAUGCGGCUAAGUUGCGCAUCGGUAGAGUUCCCUGGCCCUUCCCGCUUCACGGACAUAAUGAGAGUUUCAGAAGGAUUGCGCUCAAGGAAUGAUUCAACCUCGUUAACGAGAUCGCGGAAGUAUUUUUGCCCCGUAAAUGAGAUCGGGAAUGCCCCGUGGACAAGCACCAGAUUGUCCUUGCUUGGAUCGUCGGGAAAUUGGGGCUGCACCCGGACAUCGAAAAAUCGAACGCCGUUUUCCAGUUGUUCUCGGGGCCCAACAGCCUGACAGCGAACUGAGGGAGGAGCUAGAUGGCAUGUUGGGGAGUUGUGAGUACCGGGAAUGGAAAGGGCAGAAAGAUAGGUUCCGUCAUUGAGCUCGCGCAUCCAAGCAUUGAGGUUGGCAGAGGAGUAUACAGCAAGGUGGGAUUCCGGGAUAAUAUAGAUUCCGGUCAAUUGGAAACGGGGAUUAGCAGCCAGCGGUUUAGAUGUGGCGGACUCCUUGGUAGAUACAGGGGUUUCAAUUUGGUGUCUCUCGCCUUCUGCUUCAAAUAUCAGACGCAUACGUUCUCUAUCUGACUUGUCAAAAGCCCGGAUAUCCGUAACCACCGAGGUAAAUGGUUCAAUCCGAAUUGACACAUCAUGAUUAGCAAGAAUUUUG